CAGCUCAACUCAGGAGAUCUGGGAGAACAGCAAGCUCAGCCAAGCAAGAUUUGUGGUCAGUGAGUUCAGUUGUGUUUAUGCUAUCAUGAAGUGGUCUUGUUUCCUCUGCCUUCUUGGAUGUUUCCUUGUGGUUGAAGAAGCUGUACCUGCUGCUGCCUCGAAACAGUUUCGGGAUGUAAUGACCCGAGGAAGAGCUGCUUCCCACAUCACAUUCCACGGGAGGCUCCGUGACUGGUCUUCUGAUCACAAUAAUUGGAAUGAAAAGCUUUAUCCUUACUGGAAAGACGGGGAUGCCAGAUGGCAGAAUUGCUGGAAAGGGGGAAGGGUAGUUGCAAGUUUGACAAGUGACAGCCCAGCUCUCGUGGGAUCCAAUGUGACCUUCAGUGUGAAUCUGAAGUUUCCCAGAUGCCAGAAAGAAGACAAUGACAGCAACAUAGUAUAUGAUAGAAACUGCAAAAACAGUUCUUUAGAUUAUUCCAGCCUUUCUGACCAGUAUGUAUACAACUGGACUCAGUGGAUUGAUGAUUGUGGCGGGCAAAACUGCACACACAACAACAGCCACAACGUAUUCCCUGAUGGAAGACCUUUUCCACACAAUCGUGGCUGGAGGACAAAAAACUUUGUGUAUAUGUUUCAUACGCUUGGGCAGUACUAUCAAAAGACAGGAGGCUCUUCUGCCAUUGUUUCCAUUAACACAACAAAUCUCACUCUGGGCAGUCACAUUAUGGAAGUGUCAAUUUACAGGAGAGGUUUUCGAUCAUAUGUUCCAGUAACAACUGCAAGGACUGUUUAUGUAGUAACAGAUACAAUCCCCUUAUAUGUGAACAUGACUCAGAAGAAUGAUCGCAAUGCAUCAGACCAUAUCUUCAUCAAAGACAUCCCUAUUACAUUUGAUGUCGUCAUUCAUGACCCCAGCAGCUACCUGAACCACUCUAUUAUUUCCUACCGCUGGGAUUUUGGGGAUGGCAGUGGGUCUUUUGUUUCCAGUGACCCUGUUUCAGUGCACACUUAUACACUUGUUGGAAAUUUCAGCCUUAACUUAACUGUCGAAGCUAUUAUACCUGCCCCUUGUGGACCUGUGACACCUCCUCCACCAUCCCCUACCUCCCCAGUGCCUCCUAAUGUAACAACUCCUCGCCUUGAUAGCUUGAUGGGACUUCCAGCAGGAGAGGGUCCUGCUGAAGGAUGCCAAAUUAUUCGAUAUGGACAGUAUCAAUCAUCUCUCUCCAUUGCAGAGGGGAUCCUUGGGAUAAAUAUUAUCCAAAUGACAAGUGUCCAGGGGGCAGCUGCUCAGAUGGAGAAUUCUGUGGUUGAUUUUGUGGUAACCUGUCAAGGGGGGAGUCUUCCUACAGACGCCUGCACUAUAGUCGCUGAUCCCACAUGCCAGGUCUUACAGACUGAAGCAUGUGACCCUGUUGACAUCACUGACCAGUGUUUGCUGACCAUAAGAAGGGCCUUCAAUGAAUCUGGAACCUACUGUGUAAACAUCACCCUGGGAGAUGCAACUAGCUUGGCUCUCACAAGUACUCUAAUAUCCAUCAGUGAAGGUGCAGGAUCAUUUUCAAGAACAGCAGAAGGAGUUCUCAUCGCCUGUGGUUUCUUGGUAGCAUUUGCUGCUGUCUUGACUUUCUUCCUCUACAAGAGAUACAAACAAUACAGGCCUAUUGACUGGAAUACAGAACAAGCAGCCAAAAGUGCGGGGCUGAAUGUUUACUUUAACCAUUUUAAGGCUGUACUCUUCCCUGCAAACAAUGAGAAGGAUCCGCUCUUGAAAAACAAGCUUGGGAUUAUCUAAUUCUCUAACAUAAAUGCUGCUAUUUCCAUUUAUUUGGGGCUUUACGUUGAAUUGUAAUUCAAUGGAAGAAUAACAUUGUUCAAACAAAGAGUUUUUAUAACAUGUUGCUGACGUAUACAGAUGUAAUAACACUGACUGCCGUUCAGUUCAUUUACAAAUAUAAAAUGGCAUCUAUUUGGAAAAUGGACCAUUUUAAUUUGUGUGUGUUCUUAGUUAUGCUAACAGUAUAUUAGGUAAAAAAAUACAUUUAAACCUGGUAUUUAUAUACAGUUUCCUAGAUGAAUUAUUCAGAAAUAUCAGAAACUAUGGUUUGAGGAGAAGACAUUUUCCUCUGAAGAACUUAAACUAAAAUCCUAGGGAGUAAGUCCCACUGAGCCUGAGUUUUUCCAGUUCCAUGGUAUGAAGUGCAGAUCAUUCACUUUGGCAAGUCUGAAAACUGAAAUUGAUACUUAUAAAAAAGAUCAGUGUUCAGUCAUUCUGUAUUAUCAUCUGGGCAGAUCUCAAAUAGGUUGCUCUUGGCUAGCUGAACAAGCAUUAGUGAGCUACUGUCUGUUUCCUCUGUCCUCUACGCUACGUCUGAAGGGUUUUCCUAUCUGUGUCAAGAGCAGUACAGUAGGCUGUGGGCACUGAAUUCGUUGAGGUGCAGCUCCCUAAGGAUGUGCUUGAGGACAACCAUAGGCAGCACAUUCAUACUUAGAGCCUACCUGUUCCCAGGUGUUCAGCCCACUCAAGUUUCUCCCUCCAUUUUGGCAGAAUACAAAUUGCUGUCUUACACCAUAUUGCAUUUCAUUUCCAGGAACAUUUUUCCUGAAAGGGGCAUAUUUUGAAGUGUGAUUUUUUUUAACAUGGAUAUUCGCUACCACAAAGACAGUAUGUUUGGAUUAUUUCAAUUUAGAUUCAGAGACCAAACAAAGCCUGUAUUUCCCCUUAUUGCUCAGCAUUCUAAUUGGCUCACUACAGCAGCUGUUGUCCUGGCUACCAAGUUAGAAACCUCCUGCUGGAACGUGGAAUCAGCUCAUCCACCAACACUUCUGUAACUUGGCAUACUCCGAGUUCACAAUGGUGCACGUGUUGGAAUCAAAAAUUUAGUUUACUGGCACAGAAUUAGGAUGCUAGAUGAAAGGUGUUCUAGAAGGUUGGAAAAUAAAUCUUCAAUAAAAUAUCAGUAUUUACAAGCAUUGGUGAAGAAAUUUUCUAUUAGAAAGGUUUGGGAAUGUGAAUUGGGUCCACCAGCUUUGUCACAUUUGGUACAGGCUAGAGGGUAAGUGUAAAGCUGGUAUCUGAGCAACAUGGGUUUAGUUCAUAAGCAGCAGUUGUGGAAAGUGGGGGCUCAAGUGAGAUCCAAGUCAAAGCAUUGAGUGGAUGGAAUUAACUCUUUCACUUCAGGAGUUUUCUCAUUAGAAAUUGGCCUACCCAGGCUGCUAAGGAAGCAUCUUCUUUCCUUAGGAGACCUAAUGAUGUGCGAGGGAAAGAUUUAAGUAAAUUGUAUGAUGAAAAAUUCCCUUUCCCAGUACCAUGACUCCAACGCCCCCCCCCCACCCCAGCUGAUUUUUAAGAGGAAAAAAACACCCUGGGAAAUGAUAGGGAGGUUAUGCAUGCAUCUUGCCUCAAAGAAAGCAAGGAUAUGAUUCCAGUUUUAAUGCUGAAGUUGGUAAGAACACGAUAUGCCAUUUACUGCAACUUGCCAGUUUUGUAUGAAUAGGAAGUUAAAACCAGGAUGUUUCUGUUAAUUUAAUGCAACAUAGUACAUGGGCACUGCCAUGUAUACUCAGGAGUUUUUGAAACUGUAAUUUUGGGGUAUGCCGUAAAAAUGUGCUAUGUAUGAUACUGUAAUCUGUGGGUGUCCUUACUAAAUCUUCUAAGGGGCAUCUGGCUAUGAGAGGUCUUUUCUCAUGCAAUUUACAAUAAAUAUCUAUUUUAACUCAUGUAAA